UCACAAAGAUAACACUUUGUACAUUAGGUAUUAUUUUGUAGCAAAAAGCCAAUGAGAAAAACGUGAGUUUGCGACGAUUACUUAGUAAACGAUACUGUGCAACAAAUAGUAGGUAUAACGAUAAUUUUUGACAGUUGUGAACACAGGAAUCGGGUUGGUAUUCGUAAAUCGUAGGUCGUCGGUUUUGUGCAUUUUAUUUUGAUAAAAUGGCAUUUCUGUCUUAACCGCCGGUAUAGUUAGUCGUGUUACUUGAAACAGUGUUAUUAACGAAGUCUUUACCGACGCACUAGUUUUGGUGUAGCCGUUCAGACUGACAUGUUGUUUCCGUACAAUGGGAGUUGAAUGAUCGCUCCUGAGCCGAGGUCCGAGAGUGCAUCUCGCUCGGACAGUGGUCGGUAGUGGCUAGCAGCUAGCGCGGGUACAUGCGGGCCGUCUGGCCAUCGGCACUUUCUCUCGCUGAUGCGUUGCGACUUGCAAGUUUUGUUACUCAACAGCGCGUUGUGUAAAGACUAGUUUGCGACUCGAUGUUUCCUAACGGUAGUGUGUGAGCGGUGCGAGGUGAAGUCGCUCGUGCGGCGUUGAGGACUGCGCGCUCUGUGUUAUGUGCAUUGUUUUGGUGUGAUGGUGGAACGCGAAGGGAUGCGGCGCGGCAGCGGUGGUGGUUGCGGCUGGGGCGGGGGUGUGCUGGGCCGCUGGUCCCUCAGGAGGCUGCUCCUCGACAGCCCACUUGUUGGCCGCAGAUUUGCUCAUACAGUUUUGGACCAAGGUGACGGGAGGCCGGCGAAGCACAGCAGCGCGGAACAGUCCCAGAGCAGGCAGCAGACCACCGUUGAAUUCAUUGCUGAAGAUGACGAGGGCGAAGUUCUCGAGUGUCCACUAUGCUUGUCGAUGUUCAACGCGAGCGCGACUGUGCGGCUCGCGUGGUGCGCGCACCGCUGCUGCGAGCCUUGUCUCCGCCAGUACCUCGCCAUCGAGAUUUUCGAGGCCAGGGUGCCGGUCAACUGUCCAGUGUGUCAUGAGAGCAUGCACCCGUUAGAUGUACGUAAAAUCGUGGAUAACCCGGUAUUAUACGAGAAGUACGAAGAGUUCUCAGUGAGGCGAGCGCUCGCCGCCGACCCAGAUACCAGGUGGUGUCCCGCACCCGACUGCAGCUUCGCGGUGGUGGCAACAGGUUGCGCGUCAUGUCCCAAGCUGACGUGCAUGGCGCCCGGGUGCGGCGCGUCGUUCUGCUACCAUUGCAAGGCGGCGUGGCACCCGACGCAGACGUGCGAUGCGGCAAGACGCAGCCGGCAGCCGCCGCCCAGGGCACCACAGCCUUCGCACUCGGAUAUGGAUCAUGGCGAGGUGAAGCCGUGCCCGCGCUGCUCGGUGCUGAUCGUGAAGGUGGAGGACGGCUCGUGCAACCACAUGGUGUGCUGCGUGUGCGGCGCAGAGUUCUGCUGGCUCUGCAUGAAGGAGGUUUCCGAUCUGCACUACCUCAGUCCGAGCGGGUGCACGUUCUGGGGCAAGAAGCCGUGGUCGCGCAAGGGCGCCACCGUCGCCAAGCGCCGCGCCGCCGUCGCCGCCGCCGUCGCCGCAGCGUUGGUGGUGUCGCCGCUGGUGGCGGGUCUGGCGGUAGCCAUCGGCGUGCCGAUCCUGUUGUUCUACGUGUACGGCGUGGUGCCGGUGUCGCUGUGCCGCGCCGGGGGCUGCGCGGGCGCACCGCCGCCCGCCGCCGCGCGCUUCGACGAUGACCAUCACGCGCCCGAUCCCGACGCCGCCUCCAGGAGGCUCGAGCCUAGCAUCGGCGACGCGUCGCUGUCGGCGACGUCGCAGGCGGCGGAGGCGCGCGCGCCGUCGCUGGCGGCGCGCGGGUCGCUGGGCGGGCACGAGGCGGCGUCGCCGGCGCCGCUGCGGUUGGAGGUGACGGCCGACGUGGCCGACACCGCCUCGGCCGCGUCCGCCGCCAGCGCGGCCAGCUGGCCCGACGAGCCGUCAGCCGCGUCCCGCUCGGCGCGCCUGCGCAGCCUGUUCCUGUACGGGUCGCCGGCGCCGCCGCCGGACCCCGAGGCGGGCACGUCGGCGCCGCCCGACCGCCGCGCGGAGCGGCCCGAGCUCACCACCGCCUGCGAGACCCGCGCCCGGCCGCACUCCUAACCCGCCGACCCGCGUCCGGGGGAGACUAUCUGAGCUGAGUGGAUGUGUCCGGGAGUGUCCGGAGUGUCCGGAGUGUUCGCGAGAGUGCGGGAGUGUCCGCGAGUGCCAAGGAGCGGCUCCGCUGCGAGGCGCCGCUCGAUGUAUCUAUACGAUAGACGCUUCGCUUCCAGAGCAGUGUUAUUCUAUCAGAUAUAUGUGAUACUUUGAAUAAUAAUUAGAAUUACUAUUGAUCAUCUAAAUUAUUUAAUUUUUCACGUUUGUAGGCGAAAAGUAACUUGUAAGCGGAUAAACCUAGUUAUGUUACGUCAUUUAAAGUGUAAAACUAUGAUUAAAAUGUGACUAAAUCUUA